AUGAGUGAAACCGCAGCAAAAGCGAACUCCGACGAAGAGAGCCAGCUAAAAUGGAAGAUGGCGUUCACAGCGCGCAUGCGACAGAUAGUCCCCGGUCUCGUCCCCGGAAACGUCGAAGCAUCAUACAAACGGGAAAUGCUUCUGGAACUCCACAGCACCGCCAUCGUCUCUCUGACAGAUGCUCGAUGGUGUGUCGAUUCGUCGACGCAAGACCUUCUGUGCCAUAUGAGCGAUAUCUGCGAUUUCAUCGACGGGAUGACAUCUCCGGCUCUUUCCUCAUUGUUUCACUUACCUCUUGAGCACCAAAACCAAGCGACUGUUGAAUCAAACGAUGCACCGCCAGAGGCUGUAUUAGUUCACUGUGAUCUGGGAAUCUCACGCUCGCCGACCAUCAUCAUUGCGUAUCUUAUGCGUAAACUUACCCUGAAACAAGCAGACGUGUGGAAAUUCGUUCAUUCAAAGCAAAAGGUUAAACCGAGCGCGAAUCUCACGCGUCAACUUCAGGUUUGGGAGGAGACGGGAUAUGAGGUCUGGGAGGAUGAAAAUAGGACUGUUCCGAAAGCACUGUAUAAGGCUUUUUUGGAACAUCGGGCUGCUGUGCUGAAGAGUAAGAGACUUACGGGUGAUGAGCCGCUUGCGCCGCUGAGUUUGGUGUGA